AUGUCACAUGAUCAGAAUCGCGGAUAUUCAGAGACCCCAAAUGAUCCUCCAGCAAUGCCAAUAACUACUUGGCAAGAGAGAGAAACUUUGAGCUUUGAUGCAGCUUUAUGCGAGCUUCCAGUCGAUGAAGUCCUACGCGACUUCCCACUUGAUAUAGCUGUGCUCGACCUCUCACUCGAUCUUACCAACGCAUCUACCAGUUCCCUGUCCCAGAGAACUUAUAGCAAUAUAGGCUAUACACCCACGCCCUAUAUCUAUCCUACUACUUUUGACACCGGCUUCGCUAUCCAAGAAGCAAUACUAGCGAGUAACCUCCUAUCUAGUUUUGACUCUAGAUUCACCGCUACAGAGCCAAUACCAAAGAGCACCCACCCAACUACUUUUGGUUCCAGCUCCACCACCCGAGUGCCAACGUUAGAGGACAUCUACCACACCCGGAUUAAAGGCAUGCCGCAAUCUCAUCAGAUCAAUGCUCCGAAUUAUGCCGACCCUAUCAGAUGCGAAUGGCAAGGCUGCACGUACAAAGGGACCUUUGGUCGCAGGUCUGACUUGAAUCGCCAUACCAAGUCAAUACACAUCUCCCCAAGGGCAUUCAAAUGUCCAGAAUGUGGGAGGGAUUUCAAUCGGAAAGAAAAUCUGCAAGGUCACUUAGAAAAUGUUCAUGAGGUACCUCGGGUACGCAGGUGA